AUGGAAACCUUGCGCGGCGCUGUUUAUGGCUUCCCCCAGCCCCAACCACGCAUCCGCACCAAACCACUGCAAGUAAUCUGCGUAGGCCUACCACGAUCCGGAACAGAGAGUCUCAGCCGGGCGCUCACUCAACUGGGCUUCAAAACCUACCACGGCUGGGACAUUGUCUUCGACGACCCGCCAUAUGCCCAGGGCUGGGCGCAGCUAGCAGAGCGGAAGUAUUCGGGCGUGCAAGGGCCAGGCGACGCCCCAAUCACUCGCGACGAGUUCGAUUGCCUGCUGGGGCAUUGCGAUGCAGUGGUGGACACAGCAGCCGCCAUGUUCAGCGUGGAGAUGAUCCAGGCGUAUCCAGAGGCUAAAGUGAUUUUGAAUACGCGGCGGGAUGUGGAUGCCUGGCAUCGCAGUGCUAUGAACACCUUGGUCGCAGAGGGUGAAAACCAGUGGAUGGCCUGGUUUCUGCGCAUUUUUACGGCCGAUGCGUACUGGCUUUGGAGGUUGUACUUCACGAUCGGAUAUCCUGCCAUGUUUCGUGGGCGGACAACCAAGGAGGGGCUGAUGAAACAUGGGAAAAGGGUGUAUCAGGAACAUGGGUUGAUGAUUCGAGGGCUUGUGCCGAAGGAGAGGCUCUUGGAGUGGGAUGUGGAAGAUGGAUGGGGUCCUUUAUGUGAGUUUCUGGGUAAAGAUACCCCCGAUGAGCCCUUCCCGAACACCAAUAACCCAGCAGCUUUUCGGAAGCACAUCCAAAGUAUAGUGCAGCCGAGAGUUAAACGGGGACUGUUUAAUUUUGCAUGCUGUACCACUUCAGUGGGAGUGUUGGUGACUGCUAUUGUGUUGGGGGUGAAGAGGAGACAAGCAUGGCAAACUCUGAUCUGGGAGAUACCCGUGGUGGUCAGGCAAUGCUUGGAGUCAUUGUCAUUUUCGAAGUAG